CGUCACCGUCGCAGUAAGCCUAGAGACCCGACGCUCGUUUGUUUCGCGCUCCGUACAGCAGCUGUCAAAUUCGCGUGACAUAACCUCAAUCGCGCGCCGACUGCGAUUAAGUGGUUACCUGGACGUUGUGUGUGCUCUUCUGUGUGUUCUUUUGCUGGGUGUAGCAGGGUGCUGUCAGGCAUUCUGCCAGCAGAUUUUUCAAAAUUCGCGUUAAAAACAGAGAUCCCGUGCCCGUUUACGCUAUGGAGAUGGACCCUCAGGAACGGGAACCAGAUAUGGGAGACGAAAGCCCAAUUUCGCAUAAUGAUGAUGACAUCAGCGAUGGUGAAGCUUCACCAAGAGACCAUGACCAAGACCAAGACAGCUGCGAUGAGAUGAGAAGGCAUGGUAUGAUGACUGAUCACGUGGACGUACUAGCAAAACUCAAAAUGCAAGUGAGGGACAUCAAAGUUGGAGACGAUUUUGACAGCUCCCGAAGCCUGAGCUACCCGCGUGCAAUGGCGGGUCCUGAAGGCUUCCAGUUACCGGUGCCGUUCCCCUUCCCCCACCCGGCGGCGGCCUUCCUGCCCCCCAUGGCCCCCCAACCGGCCGCCCCCUCCUCCGGCAGCUCCCACUCUUCGGAGGGGAGUCAGUCCUCCCAACAUACCUGGUCGUUCGAGGAGCAAUUCAAGCAGUUGUAUGAGAUAAAUGAUGAUCCAAAACGGAAAGAAUUUCUUGAUGAUUUAUUCUCCUUCAUGCAAAAACGAGGCACUCCAAUCAACAGACUACCUAUCAUGGCCAAAUCCGUUUUGGAUCUCUACGAGUUGUAUAAUCUCGUGAUAGCAAGAGGUGGGCUUGUCGAUGUGAUCAAUAAAAAAUUGUGGCAAGAAAUAAUUAAAGGUCUGCAUCUUCCUUCUUCCAUUACAUCCGCAGCGUUCACCCUUAGAACACAAUACAUGAAAUACUUGUACCCCUACGAAUGCGAGAAACGUCGCCUGAGCACCCCGCAAGAGUUACAAGCUGCAAUUGAUGGUAACCGUCGCGAGGGUCGUAGAAGCAGUUACGGGCAAUACGACAGCAUGCAAAGAUCACCGAACGCUGCCCACCCAAUGACGACACCACUGAGCCUGAUUUCACAACAGCAACAACUUGCCGCCAGAAUGAACUCAAUGAUGGCUGGAGGGAUGAACUUACACAACGGGGCGCACCAUCCUAGCCAUCCGCAGCCGUUGGGACAACCUUUGAAUGGAGGACCAGUGCCUGGUUUGGCCCCAGGUGAACUGGAAUCGAGAAUGAUGGAAUACAUGAAGUUGCUUAACAAAGAAAUACGAAGUUCGGCUGCGACUCCACCAAGACAAGAUUUAUCACCACCAAAUGCACCUACAUCACCAAUAAACCACUUGGAGUUGUCGAGAAUCAACUUGUGGAACAUUUACAACAACAACCAGGUUGCAGUGGAGCCACAAAAGCACUUGUUCCAGGUACCGUUAAAUCUAUCGGAACCGUCGCCUCAGAUAAAACGCGAGCCAGAAAACCGAGAGUCCCCCCCUCCUGGCAAAAAAAGAAUGUUCACCAAAGAUGAAGAGGAGGUAGACGAAGAACAGGAAUUGGAACACCCCCCCACCCCUAAGUCACUGUCGCCAACUACGCAUAUCAAAAUAAACAGCAGAGGGGACUCCAGAAACGGGGACAACUCGCUAGUGGUUAGUAUGGAGUUGAACGGCGUCACAUACCAAGGAGUUUUGUUCGCGCAAAACGCUCCGAACAGAACGGCCAUUACUUCCUAAAGUGAUUCAAAGAAACUGACAUUUUUUGUAUUUAUUUUUUUAAUUAUUUUAACUUAAGAUUUUCUAGUGUGUUUUCCAGUAUGUCUGCUUGGUGAAUAAGUAUUUGUUGUGUGCACAAAUUUAGUUAUUCUCGCGUCGAAGUAAAACUAAAAAGACAGUGAUUUACAGAGAGUUGGUAGUCAUGAGUAUCGAAAUUCUAACCUGUAAAUGACGCCUGCUUUUUCCUUAAUUUUAAAGACGUAAGAGAUAUUUGAAUAAUGUGAUUUUAAUCCUAUUUAAUUAUUGUAAAGAAUAGGGUUAAGUACAACGUUUGAAUGGCCAGUUUUAAUCGUUUUUCUGCAAACUAUUUAAGUAGGUUGUAUUUUAUUUCUACUUACUUCAGUACUACAAAAUUUGCAACCAGUAGUAUUCAAGUGACUUAAUUAAUUUGUAAAUAUAAAUAAAUGGCCAAUAAAUUUUUAUAAUAAUAAAUAUAGUAAAUUCAAAAUUUCUAGAAUAUGGUUCACUUAAAUUUUCAUUUGGAACAUUUUUAUACCAAAUUGUUUUAAAAGUUGUAAAUAUUAAUUACCUACUUAGUAAACAGUAUUCUAAUGUAGUUGUGUUAUAAUUUUUGUAUAUCUGCCAAAAGACUGUUAUUUUAUGAUUUUAAUAUUUGACUUAAAAGGAUUUUGUCUUAAUUAUUUAUUUUUAAGCAAACUAUUGUAUUUAUGAAAAGAUUACAACAUAAUUGUGUAGCAAUAUUAGGUAUUAAGAAUAUAUAGACAACAUAUGUAAAAAUUAUUGUUCCAUUAUAUAGGCAUAGCAAAAUAUAUCAUUUUUUUUCAAACAAAUUUAUUGAUUAAAUUUAUUUGAUCUGAUUGUCUCAGGGAAUUCGAUGUUGAAAUGACAAAAGAACGUUAAUUCCUGUCUCAAUGUGUUCGGUCAUCUUAUUAUUUAUAUUUUGUAACAAAAGAGAAAUGUUGUUGAACGCAUAAACAAAAUAAUUGCUGUAAAUAUUUGAAUAUCAUUAAACAUUCUUCAGAUUAUCUUUUCUUUUAUUUUACUUACCUUAUUAACAUUUUUAAACACAACACACGAUUUUUGGCACUUUUUAUAAUUGUCAAUUCAAAUUGUGUGCUGCCAAC